AUGAAUGAUAAUGUUGAGUGCACACUCGACCGUACCUUUGUACCCCGGGGUCGAAGGCCUAACAAUAAGUCGGAUCAACAACAUUACGAUACGUUGCUUGAAAUGGACCCUGUUGCUUCAGAUAUUCAAGCAACCCCGCCUCCUAUCACAUCGUCUGAUCAUAAUCAACAAACACCGAUCAAUAACAAUGAUCAAUAUUAUGUUGAUCAUGCUUUCAUUCAGCAACCUGUCUUCGAUGCAGAUGUCGCCGAGAGUCCACAAGCUUCUCACAACUACCAACUCUAUCAAUAUGAUGGUCAAUACAAUAUCUUAGUAAUCAAUGAUGAUUUUUUUAUUGAAUGA